AUGUCGGAUUAUUCGUUCGAUGUAUCGAAUUCCCUAGAACCAGCCGGUCGCCUGGUUUCCAGAGCCACCAGUAAACGUCCAACAGCAAGAGCGACAACAACUGCUACCAGCGUCGCAUCCCAGGACAUCAUCUGCGCUGUCAGUGAAUCGCGGGGCGUUUCAUCUACAGUUGGCCUUGCAUUCAUCAAUCUUGCAACAGCUGAGGCGGUUUUAUGUCAGAUUUGUGACAGCCAGACCUACGUCAAGACGAUCAUCAAGAUCGGGGUAUUCGAGCCCAGCGAGAUACUAUUCAUGAACACGGCCAAAGAGUCUAAGCUCCGUUAUAUCAUCCAAGAGAACCUGCCAGAUCCAAUUUUCACUUUUUUAGAUCGCAGAUGGUGGUCUGAGAAGACAAGUCACGAAUAUGUGGAACGACUCUCAUUUCCAGAAGAGAUCGACUCGCUGAAAGUAACUCUGGGCGGGAACUAUUUCGCAGCUUGUUGCUUUGCAGCAGCUCUGAAGUAUGUUGAAAUUGAGCUUCAGCGAUCUUUUACGUUGCAUUCGCUGCGUAUUCGGUUCGAACCGUCGGAGGGAUCUAUGACAAUUGACCUCGCAACUAUCGUAUCACUUGAGCUCAUACAGAAUCUACAAAACGCCAAAUCCAAGCAAAGCCUGUUCGGCCUCCUCAAUGAGACACUGACGCCCAUGGGCGCGAGACUGCUUCGGGCGAGCAUCCUACAGCCUUCAACGGAUCGAGUAAAACUGACUGCAAGAUACAACGCCGUGGAAGACCUGACUACCAAGGAAGACAUGUUUAUUUCUGUCAGACAAGCGCUCAAGGGCUUCGUCGAUGCAGAUAAAGUGUUAACUGCGAUCAUCCUGGUUCCUACCAAACAGACACUUCAAUAUGUCGAACAAUCAGUCAAUAACGUGAUUAUGCUCAAGACCUAUGUUUCUGCGAUCAAGUCUAUCUUCCAGGCCCUGGCGACAGCACAAAGUGAUCUGCUGCGCACGAUCCGCGAACUAUGCGCACCGGAUGGCCAUCGUGCUAUUGAGGAGCUCAUCAGGAGGACCUUGAAUGAGCAUGUCACAUAUCAGUCGAAGCCACUCGACCUGAGAAACCAACGCAUCUACUGUGUCAAGGCUGGCGUCAAUAGUCUGCUUGAUGUUGCCCGUCAGACCUAUAAAGAGGCGAAUACAGAUGCCACAGAGCUGAUUGAGAAAUUAUCAGAGACUUGCGAUAUAACCCUGGACUUAAAGUACGACACAGCCCGGCACUACUACAUCUGCAUUCCGGCAAAACAUCAAGGUCCACUACCCGACAUUUUCGUCAAUGUGUAUCGCAAGCGCAAUUUCAUUGAAUGCCAGACACUUGAUCUAGUGAAACUCAACCAAAGGAUCACAGACUCCCACAGCGAAGUUAUCAAUAUGAGUAACGAGGCUAUCCAAGAUCUGCUACGGGACGUCUGCACCGAAAUCUCCGGAUUAUUCCGAGUCAGCGAAGCAAUUGCAAUGCUCGACAUGCUCAGUGCAUUUGCACAACUAGCAACGAACUACGAAUACAUCCGACCCGAGCUAACAGACACCCUAGCCAUUAGGGCAGGACGCCAUCCCAUCCGCGAACAGAUUCACUCUGCUAAAUUCGUCCCAAAUGAUGCAUUCGCAACGCCCCAGACACGGUUUCAGAUAAUCACAGGUUGCAACAUGAGCGGCAAAUCAACAUACAUCCGCUCACUAGCCUUGACAACAGUAAUGGCACAAAUAGGCAGCUUUGUCCCAGCCCAAUACGCUUCAUUCCCAAUUUCCCACCAGCUUUUCGCCCGCAUCGCCACAUCAGACGAUCUAGACGCCAACGUCUCAACCUUCGCCGCAGAAAUGCGCGAAAUGGCCUUCAUCUUGCGUAACAUCCAGCCACGCAGCAUGGUAAUCAUUGACGAGCUAGGUCGCGGAACAAGCACAACAGACGGGCUAGCCAUCGCCAUUGCUCUAGCCGAAGCGCUCAUUUCGAGUAACGCGCUAGUCUGGUUCGUAACCCAUUUCCAUGAUCUGGCUCAGAUUCUUGCCCAACGCAGCGGCGUCAUCAAUCUUCAUCUCGCUGCUGAUAUUGCGCCGGAUUCAUCCAAAAUGACCAUGCAGUAUCGCAUCACGGAGGGACCUGUUCCGCAUCGUCGAUAUGGUAUUGCUCUUGCACAGAUUGCUGAUUUGCCUGAAGCUGUGUGGAGCAAGGCGCGUGAGGUAUCGAAAGAAAUGGAUCGACUGGCUAGGCGACGAAAUAGCCCAUCGCGUGCUCUGGCGAUUGCUCAGAAACGUAAGUUGCUCUUGUCGCUUCGGGAACAACUAUUGCUGGUUCGUCAGGAGAGUAUGGAUGAUGCGGCUCUUCGGGUUUUGUUGGUGAAAAUGCAAGAUGAUUUUGCGUUGCGUAUGACUGCUAUCAAUCGCGAAAUGCAACUGAAUGAUGGUGACGAGGGCGGCUCAGAAGGUUCCGACCGACAUGCUUCUGAAAAUGUGGGUUCUGGUCGACAGUCUCAGGAGCUCGGUCUUCAUGAUGAUAAUGCCAGUGUGGACACUCAUGCUUCUCAGACGUUCGUUGUGGGCUCUCAGUCACAGUCGGAGUCCGAACAUGACGCUGGCGAUGAAGUUGAGCUGGGUUAA